AUGGAUCGAAAUCCAUCCAGAAGCGAGUCCGAUCCGUCUCAAAAAGGGUGAAAAUCCACCCUGAAGCAGCGGCUGCCAUGGCGCUGUGCCGGCGAGGGGCCCCGGCCGAGGCCGAAGGCUGCGGAUUCCCGGCCGGAGCGGGGCUCAAGGUGCUGCUGCACUGGAGCGGGGAUGAGGAGCGGGAGCGGUGCCGCGUCUACGGGCGCGGAGCGCCCAGCGCCGAGGAGAUCUGCAUCGACCUGGCGCGAGGCAUCGGAAUUUCCCCGCUCUGCUACAACCUCUUCGCCCUCUACGACCCCCAGAGGCGGCUGUGGCUCCCUCCCAACCACCAAUUCCACAUCGGGAAGGAAACCAACAUCAACCUGAUCUUCCGCAUGAGGUUUUAUUUCCGGAAUUGGCACGGCAUGAACGACAAGGAGCCGGCGGUUUUCCGGAAUGUUCCGCGGGCGGGGGAUUCUCCCGAGGAAAAACCUCCCGGAGGAGCUUUACUGGACAGAUCCUCCUUCGAGUACCUCUUUGAGCAGGGAAAAUUCGAAUUCAUCAACGACGUCGCCUCGCUGAAGGAUUUCCAGAGCGAGCCCGAAAUCCAGAAGUUCAAGAACGAGAGCCUGGGGAUGGCCGUGCUCCACCUCUCCCACAUUGCCAUCAAAAAGGGCAUUUCCCUGGAGGAAGUGGCCAGGAAGUACAGCUUCAAGGACUGCAUCCCGCGCUCCUUCCGCCGCCAGAUCCAGCAGAACAAUUUCCUGACCAGGUUCCGGAUGAAGAACGUCUUCCGCCGCUUCCUGCGGCGCUUCCAGCGGCACACGGUGGCCGCCGGCAACCUGACGGAGCGGGACGUGAUGUACAAGUACCUGGCCACGCUGGAGCAGCUGGCUCCCAGGUUUGGGAGCGAGAUUUUCCCGGUGCUUUCCCUGGAAACGGCGGCCGAGGGCGAGAAGGGGCCGCCCGGGGGCCGCGCGGAGCCGGAGCAGCCGCCGCUCCCCCGGGAUUGUCCGGUCACUCACCACGUCCUGGUCACCGGCACCGGCGGGAUCCAGUGGCGGCCGGUGCCCGGAGAGAGCAUGGAAAGCUUCUCUCCGCGGGGAUAUUUUGGGAGGAAAAGCAGGAAUAAGGAAGCGGAGGCGCGGCCGGCGGAGCCGAGCGAGCCCCCCUGGUGCCGUUUCUGCGAUUUUCGGGAAAUCACCCACGUGGUGGUCAAGGAUUCCAGGAUCAGCAUCCACCGGCAGGACAACGAGUGCCUGGAGGUGCUGCUGCCGUGCCCGGGCAGUGCCCUGGCUCUGGUGUCGCUGGUGGACGGAUAUUUCCGGCUGACGGCCGACUCCAGCCAUUACCUGUGCCACGACGUGGCCCCGCCGCGGCUGCUCCUGAGCAUCCACAACGGCAUCCACGGGCCCAUGCAGGAGGAGUUUGUUUUUGCCAAGCUCCGCCGGGAAGAGCCGGAGGAAGGGCUCUACAUCCUCCGCUGGAGCGUCCUGGAUUUCAACCGCAUGAUCCUCUCCGUGCUCAAGAGGAGCCACCAGCAGGCUCCUGGGACGCCGGGAGCCUUCAAGUACCGGCAGUUCCGGAUCCAGAAGAAGGGAGACUCCUUCGUGCUGGAGGGCUGGGAUCGGGAAUUCCCUUCCCUGCGGGAGCUCCUGGACGUGCUCAAGGGCUGCACCCUCAAAUCCGGCGAGGAGAACUUCACGGUGAAGAGGUGCUGCCCGCCCAAGCCGGGAGAGGUCUCGGACCUGCUGAUCGCGCGGAAGGCGAAGGAUAACGGGAAGCAGAUCCUGAACCUCACCCAGCUCAGCUUCCACCAGAUCCGCAAGAACGAGAUCACCCAGCGAGCCCACCUGGGCCAGGGCACCCGGACCAACAUCUACGACGGGGUGCUGAGCGUCUGCUCAGGGAAUUCCGGGAACGACGACGAGGCCGAGUAUUUUUCCACGGAGCAGAACAACAACGGGCGGGAGAUGCACGUGGUGCUCAAAGUCCUGGACCCCAGCCACAGGGACAUCGCCCUGGCGUUCUUCGAGAGCGCCAGCCUGAUGUCCCAGGUGUCCCACGUCCACCUGGCCUUCGUGCACGGCGUCUGCGUGCGCGGCUCCGAGAACAUCAUGGUGGAGGAGUUUGUGGAGCACGGGCCCCUGGACGUGCUGCUCCGCAAGGAGAAGGGCCGGAUCUCCGUGGGGUGGAAAAUCACCGUGGCCAAACAGCUGGGGAGUGCCUUGAGCUACCUGGAGGAUAAGAACCUGGUGCACGGGAAUGUGUGUGCCAAGAACAUCCUGCUGGCCAGGAAGGGGCUGGAGGACGGAUCCGUGCCCUUCGUGAAGCUCAGCGACCCCGGGGUCAGCUUCACCGUGCUCUCCCGGGAAGAGCGCGUGGACAGGAUUCCCUGGAUCGCCCCGGAAUGCGUCCGGGAUGUCGGGAACCUCAGCACGGCCUCGGACAAGUGGAGUUUUGGGACAACACUCCUGGAAAUCUGCUUCGACGCCGACGUCCCGCUGAAGGAGCGGACUCCCUCCGAGAAGGAGCGUUUCUACGAGAAGAGGCACCGGCUGCCGGAGCCUUCCUGCCGGGAAUUGGCCUCGCUGAUCUCCCGGUGCCUCAACUACACCGCGGUGGAGCGGCCGUCCUUCCGCACCGUGCUGAGGGAGCUGACCCGGCUGCAGCCGCACCACCUCGUGGACGUCACGUCGGUGAAUCCCGACUUCCCGGUGUCGGACCCCACCGUCUUCCAGAAGCGGUACCUGAAGAAAAUCCGGGAGCUGGGGGAGGGCCACUUUGGGAAGGUGAGCCUGUGCUGCUACGACCCCACCAACGACGGCACUGGGGAGAUGGUGGCGGUGAAAUCCCUGAAAUCUGGGAGCAGCCCCCAGCUCCUGAGCUCCUGGAAGAGGGAAAUCCAAAUCCUGAAGACCCUGUACCACGAGAACAUCGUCAAGUACAAGGGCUGCUGCAGCGAGCAGGGGGACAAGGUGGUGCAGCUGAUCAUGGAAUACGUCCCGCUGGGAAGCCUCCGGGAAUUCCUGCCCAAGCACCCCCUGAGCCUGUCCCACCUCCUGCUCUUCGCCCAGCAGAUCUGCGAGGGCAUGGCCUACCUGCACUCCCUGCACUACAUCCACCGGGACCUGGCAGCCCGGAACGUGCUGCUGGAGAACGAGCACGUGGUGAAAAUCGGGGAUUUUGGGCUGGCCAAGGCCGUCCCCGAGGGCCACGAGUACUACCGGGUACGGGAGGACGGCGACAGCCCCGUGUUCUGGUACGCCCCCGAGUGCCUCAAGGAGUGUAAGUUUUACUACGCCUCGGAUGUUUGGUCUUUUGGGGUGACCCUCUACGAGCUCCUGACCCGCUGCGACCCCGGGAGCAGCCCCCCAGCUAAAUUCCUGGAGAUGAUCGGGGCCACGCAGGGGCAGAUGACGGUGCUGAGGUUGAUCGAGCUCCUGGAGAGGGGGAAGAGGCUCCCCAUGCCCAGGGAUUGUCCCUGCGAGGUGGGAACCCCUCGAGGCCCGGCGGGUCCCGGCGCGAAGUCCCCGCAGCCCCGGAAAUUCCCCGGGGGCGGGGACGGGCCCGGGGAUAAAAACAGCGAGCGCCCCGAGCGGGGCGGGCCGGGAGGCGGCGGACGGACAGACGGAGUGACCGAGGGACGGACACGGGGACGGGUGCGCAUCCCAGAGCCAACACCGAGACCCCGACCCGGACGGAGCCGGGAAGAGCCGCAAGGGACGCGUCCCGGAGAGCCCGAACCGAGCCACACCGGAGAGCCCGAACCGAGCCACACCGGAGAGCCCGAACCGAGCCACACCGGGGAGCCCGAACCGAGCCACACCGGAGAGCACGAACCGAGCCACACCGGAGAGCCCGAACCGAGCCACACCGGAGAGCCCGAACCGAGCCACACCGGGGAGCCCGAACCGAGCCACACCGGGGAGCCCAAACCGAGCCACACCGGGGAGCCCAAACCGAGCCACACCGGGGAGCCCGAACCGAGCCACACCGGAGAGCCUGAACCGAGCCACACCGGAGAGCCCGAACCGACCCACACCGGAGAGCCCGAACCGAGCCACACCGGGGAGCACGAACCGAGCCACACCGGGGUCCGGACCCGCACCGGAGAGCCCGAACCGAGCCACACCGGGGUCCGGACCCGCACCGGAUCCAACCCAAAGACCCUGAACCCACCGACCCCAAAGACCCUGAACCCACCGACCCCAGGGACCCUGAGCCCACCGACCCCAGGGAACCUGAGCCCACCGACCCCAAAGACCCUGAGCCCACCGACCCCAGGGACCCUGAGCCCACCGACCACCACCGGACCCUCCCCGGUGUUCCCGGCGCAUCCCGGCGCUCCCGCAGGACCGGGAGCCGGUGUCGCCCCCGCAGGACCGGGAGCCGGUGUCCCCUCCGGGAUGGUGGCCCCCGCGCUGCUGGCGCUGGCCCUGGGCACGCUGGGUGUCAUCGCAGCGCCAGCGCUCCCGGAGGCUCCCCGCCUGUCGCUGUCCGCCUCGGACCCCAGGUGGAAGAAGCCGUUCAACGUCACCUGCACCGCGGGGCGCCGCAUCCCCGCCACCGAUUUCACCAUCACCGCCGACAACCGCACGUGGCCGGCCACGCUCGGCCGCGACGGCCGCGGCGCCACCGCCGAGGUCACCGUGGAGCGCGAGGGCAGCGUCCGGCUGGGCUGCUCCGCCCGCCUGGGCGGCGCGGAGAUCCACGCCAACGCCACGCUCCAGGUGUACCAUCUCCCCGUGCCGCUGCUGGACGUCGCCGACACCGCCGCGGCCGGCGCGGAGCUGAGCGGGCGCUGCUCGGUGCCGGACGGCGCCGGUAGCGACGCCCGGGUGCGGGUGCGGGCCCGGGGACGGGAUCUGGGGGAGUCGAGGCGGCCCCCGGUGAACUUCAGCGUGCCGGUGCGGGAGGAGGACGCGGAGACGGGGCUGGAGCUGGCCUGCGUGGCCGAGAUGCCGCCCUUCGCCGCGAGGAACAGAUCGCAGACGAUCCGUGUGCUGGCCAAGCCGCGGCUGGACACGGAGAGCUGCCCCCCGCAGCAGAACUGGACGGAGGGGCAGGAGGAGACCCUGAACUGCAGCGCCAGGGGCUCGCCUCGGCCGCAGGUGAAAUGUUCCAAGGACGGGAAUUCCUUCCCCCUCGGAACGGCGCGCCGCGCCCACCGCGCCCACGCCGGGACCUACCUGUGCCAGGCCACCAACGAGCUGGGGACGGCCGAGAGAGAAGUCACCGUCUGGGUCCACUACGACGACUCGGUCCCGCUGCUCCCGGUGCUCCUGGGGGUGCUGCCGGCGCUCGCCCUCCUGGGCCUGGCCGGCGCCUUCUUCCUCCACCGCCACAGCACCAAAAUCGGCGAGUACUGGCUCUGGAAGCGGCAGCCGCCGCCGGACGCCCGGCCCCUGCGGCCACCGGGCAGCUCCCAGGCCGCUGCGGCCGCUCCCAACGGAGCCCCGUAGCCGGGGAGAGGCCGUGGAGGGGCCGGGACCCCCGGCCCGUCCCUUCCACCGCGGCCACCGAGGGGACGGCGACAGCGGGGACCGACCGCGGCGGAUGCGGCUCCCGGACUGGGAUGGACUGGGAUGGACUGGGAUGGACUGGGAUGGGCUGGGAUGGGCUGGGAUGGUGACGUCCAGCCGGGCCCUGGCGUGGAUCUCCGGGGUUCGCUCCGGAUUUUUUAUCCCUCGAGUGUUUAUUGGUUUUUUUUUUUUUUUGGGAUGGACUUGGUGACUUUUGGAGGUCUCGGAGCUCUGGGCGGGGAGCAUCGGGGUGGUUUUUUUUGUUUGUUUUUUUGGUUUUUUUUUUUUGGGAUGGAUUUGGUGACUUUUGGAGGUCUCGGAGCUCCAGGCGGGGAGCGUCGGGGUGGUUUUUUUUUUUUUUGUUUUUUUUUGGGAUGGAUUUGGUGACUUUUGGAGGUCUCGGAGCUCCAGGCGGGGAGCAUCGGGGUGGUUUUUUUUUUGUUUGUUUUUUUUUGGGAUGGAUUUGGUGACUUUUGGAGGUCUCGGAGCUCCGGGCGGGGAGCAUCGGGGUGUUUUUUUUUUUGUUUGGUUUUUUUUUGGGAUGGAUUUGGUGACUUUUGGAGGUCUCGGAGCUCCGGGCGGGGAGCGUCGGGGUUGAAUCCCGGGCACUUCGGUGCUGGCGGGAGGACAAGGAGCCAGGAGGGAGGGGACAGGCAGGUGACAGUGACACAUCCCACCAAUAAACGCUGCAGGUGACAUCCACUGGGGACAGGA